CGAGUCAAACAAACAUGGAAAACAUACCGACUACAUACAUUCAUUCAGUGGUUUUAGUAAUGUGAAGUUCGUUAAGCGAAUAAGACUACUUGUACAGUGUUAAUAAGUGCGUAACUUCUUUAUUUGUGUAAGCAGUGAUUUGUUUUUAAUUUCCACUUAAAAUAUACGUACCGUAUUAAAAUAAGAUCACCACGAAGUCCGAUUUGAUUCCGAGUUAUAAGGAAACUUAGCUGAAAUAUUAAGAAGAUUCCCGCGUAAACACUCUGUGCGAAGCCGGCCGGUCGAUUGUACAGAGAAAGCAAUGGCUUCGAAGCUAUUGAGAACUGCAAAUAGAACCUUAAAUGUAUUGCAAAAUGGUUCAAAAUUCGCCAGUGUUAGUGUGAGAAAAAACAGUCUAUGGACGAAGGAAGGAAUAAUCAAAUCACCAUACGCCAGUGUUGAUAUACCAAAUUAUACAUUGUACGAUUAUGUAUGGCUGAAUUUGGAAAAAUGGCCGGAAAGGACUUUGACGGUUUGUGCACGUACCGGCCGAGGGUACACAUACGAGCAAGCCUUUAAUUUAUCGAAUGCUUUCGCAGCAAAUCUUCGACAGAAGUUUAAAAUACGGGAUGGUGAUGUUAUCACGGUGAUGUUACCAAAUGUUCCCGAUUUCCCUUUAAUUAUGUUGGGUGUGAUGGCAGCUGGUGGUGUAGUUACUACCAUCAAUCCCAUUUAUACAGCGCAUGAAAUCCAACGUCAGUUACUAAUGUCCGAUUCAAAAAUGAUAGUAACAUUACCGGACAAAGUGAACGUCGUCAGAGAAGCAAUAAAGUUAGCCAAAGUAAACAUUCCUAUAAUUGUUGUAAAGACAAACGGAGAUCCGAUCCCUGAGGGGACAGUCGCAUUUAAUGAACUGAGCGAGGAUAUACACGUAGACAAGUCGUGUUUAAAAAAAGUAAGGAGAACUGCUAAUGAUUUAUGCUUUUUACCAUAUUCAAGCGGCACCACAGGACUGCCGAAAGGUGUUGAAUUGACACAUCGGAAUAUAAUAGCGAACUGUCAACAAAUCAGUGAUCCAGCAAUAACUUGCAAUGAAGAGACCACAGCGACUCACCAAGAUGUAGCGAUGGCUAUAUUACCGUUCUUCCACAUUUAUGGUUCAGUAGUUGUUGGUUUUCACGAGAUGGCACAAGGCGUCAAAUUGGUGACAUUAGACAAGUUUCAGCCGGAAGUUUAUCUUCAAGCUAUUGAGAAAUUCAAAGUUAAUGUCCUGUUUCUUGCGCCACCCUUAAUAAUAUUAAUGACGCAACAUCCUAUGGCGUCGGCUAAGGUGUACCAGUAUUUGGAGCAUGUUAUAAAUGGAGCAGCACCAAUAGUUGCCACUGACGCAGAAAGAUUUCUCAGUAAAGUUCAGCGGAAAAUACGUUUUGGUCAAGGCUACGGGCUCACGGAGACGGCACCAGUGGUAGCCAUGUCACCGACAACUCUAUACGAUUAUAAUGCUGUCGGUCAUCCAGUCCCUAAUACAGAUAUAAGGAUUGUUGAUAGUGAUUUGAAAAACUUAGGACCAAAUGAGACAGGAGAACUGUUAGUAAGAGGACCGCAAGUGAUGAGAGGUUAUAGAAACAAUUCUGAAGCAAAUGCCAAUGUGCUUACAAAUGACGGUUGGUUCAGGACUGGUGAUUUAGCAACCGUUGAUGACGAUGGGAUAAUCAAGAUUUGCGAUCGACUAAAAGAAUUGAUUAAGGUAAAAGGUUUUCAAGUACCUCCAGCUGAAUUGGAAGCAGUUCUACGUGAUCAUCCAGCAGUAAGCGAUGCAGCUGUAAUUGGUGUACCACAUGCGACAAAAGGAGAGACUCCUAAAGCGUUUGUCGCUUUAAAGCCUGGCUUUAGCGCUAGUCCCAAAGAUUUGUGUAGUUUUGUCGCUGAAAGAGUUGCGGCUUACAAGAGGAUAGACGAUAUUUCCGUCCUGGACAGUAUACCGAGAAGUGCGGCUGGAAAAAUUUUAAGAAAGGAUUUAAAGUCCAAAUAUUGUUAGCAUUAUUUUAAUUAUUUUUUAAGGUUAUUGUUAUAGAUAAGUAUGAGAGUAAAUUGUAUGAUAUUAGUGAUUUCAGCAAAUGGAUGUAAUUUCUAUGUAAAUAUUUUUUUUCGCUUUAAAUAUUUCAACUCUUGCAGUUCAAUCGCUUUUUUAUCUGUAUGACUUUUAAUUAAGUUCAAUCAAUGUCCUAGAAACAUUUAAAAAUAUAUUUCGUGUACGAGUUUAACGCCUGAUAAUAUGAUUUAGCAAUGUUGCACACGUGAAAAAUAUAAUCAUUUAUUAUAACUAGUGAUAUAACGCAUGUUGCGUGACUUUUUUCGGCUCUUUUUUUUUACCGAGAAUACUUAAACUGAAUUAUACAGAGGAGAAAAAGGUAUUGUAUUCAGACACAGACUUAAUAGUUCACUAUUAAGUCUGUGUCUGAAUAGAUAAUAUAAUGAAAAAAUGGUUAAGUUAUUAAUUAUUAUAUAUAAUGGUUACCGUUUCGCUGAAUUUAAUCCUUUUUUCCUUUUAAUUUUAAGUGAUUGUAACAGCCAUAAUUAUUACAUCGAUGAUGGAAAACGUCAUUAAUAUUAACAAUAUGAUGCAUUAUUAUUGUUAUACGUCAUUGA